AUGGCUGCAAUACGAAAGAAACUUGUUAUUGUAGGCGAUGGUGCUUGUGGUAAAACAUGUUUAUUAAUUGUAUUCAGUAAAGAUCAAUUUCCUGAAGUUUAUGUUCCAACUGUAUUUGAAAAUUAUGUAUCAGAUAUUGAAAUUGAUGGAAAACAAAUUGAAUUAGCUUUAUGGGAUACAGCUGGACAAGAAGAUUAUGAUCGAUUACGACCACUUUCAUAUCCAGAUACAGAUGUUAUACUUAUGUGUUUUGCUAUCGAUAGUCCAGACAGUCUUGAAAAUAUUCCUGAAAAAUGGACACCUGAAUGUAAACAUUUUUGUCCAAAUGUUCCAAUCGUUCUUGUUGGAAAUAAAAAAGAUCUUCGUAAUGAUGAAACAACUAAAAGAGAACUAAUGAAAAUGAAACAAGAACCAGUUCGUUCUGAAGCAGGUAGAAAUAUGGCCGAAAAAAUCGGUGCUGUUGGUUAUCUUGAAUGUUCUGCUAAAACAAAAGAAGGUGUUCGUGAAGUAUUCGAAUAUGCAGCACGAGCCGCAUUAGCUCGUAAAAAGAAACGUAAACAUCCUUGUUCAUUAAUUUAA